AGAAGCCAUUCAGCUGUGAGAUUUGCAGCAAGGCCUUUUCUGUGAAAGAUACUCUAGUAGAUCACAUGAGAGUGCAUACAGAGGAGAAGCCAUUCAGAUGUGAGAUUUGUAGCAAGACCUAUGAGAAAGGCCAUCUAGCAAGACACAUGAGAGUACAUAGAAAGGAGAAGCCCAUCAGCUGUGAGAUUUGCAACAAGGCCUUCUCUGUGAAAGGUACUCUAGUAAAGCACAAGAGAGUGCAUACAAUGGAGAAGCCAUUCAGCUGUGAGAUUUGCAGCAAGACCUUCUAUGAGAAAGGCCAUCUAGUAAGGCACAUGAGAGUACAUACAAAGGAGAAGCCAUUCAGUUGUGAGAUUUGUAGCAAGACCUCUGAGACAGGUAAUCUAGUAAGACACAUGAAAGUACAUACAAAGGAGAAGCCAUUCCGCUGUGACCUUUGCAGCAAGACCUUCUCUGAGAAAAGUUCUCUAGUAAAGCACAUAAGAGUACAUACAAAGGAGAAGCCAUUCCGCUGUGAGCUGUGCAGCAAGUUCUUUAGUAAAGCAUAGGAGAGUACAUACAAAGUACAUACAAUGUGGCCUCCACAUUCUAGUAAAGCAUAUCAGAUUACAUAGAAAGCGGAAGCCAUACAGUUACGAUAUUUCCUAAAAGGCAUUCUCACAUAACCAUAAUCACAUGAGCCAUUUAAGAGUACAUGCAAUGAAGUAACCAUACUCCUGUAAUAUUUGCAAUAAGGCUGCACAUGAAACAACUCUUGUGAAUCAUAUUAUAUUGCAUAUAAAGGAGAAGCCAUACUGUUGUGUGAUAUGCUAAAGCUAUGAUAUCUAUAAUAAUUAAUCUAUUGAGGUAUUUUUGAGACUACAUACAAAAGAGAAUCCAUAUACAUAAUAUAU